AGCAUAAAACAGAUUCGAAAACUGCAAAGUGGUUACGGUACUACUCUGUGAAUGCUCGACAGCUCGAAAGUUUCGUUUCUUUGUUACCACUGUUUUGCUUUUAAUCAGCUCUAGAGUCGUUCUAAACUUUGUCAGUUUAGAGUCUGAACACGGAACGGGCCCGCACGUGACACCAGUUUUAUCCACGAAACGUGAAAUGUUCUUGUGUUUGCAGCUCUACGGAUAAUCAGUCUGGUUUUUCGUUGUCUUUUCCAACUGCGUUCACUGUUUACUGCAUUUUCCAGCUCAUAAUAGUCAUGUGUGGUCGUUUUGCAUGUGCGUUAGAUCCUGGGGCGCUGCGACGAGCGUGUCGCUACCGAACGUCAAACGGAACCCAGAAAGAGCCUCCGCUGCUGGGCGAGUAUUAUCCUUCCACUAAUAUCGCGCCAACUAAUUACAGUCCCGUCUUGGUGUCUUCGGAGCAUUUUCCUGCUGUUGCGUCGGAGAGCGAUGAAUUCGUUAUCAAACCGAUGAAAUUCGGAUUAAUUCCUUCAUGGCAUAAAGGCGACGAUAAUCUUCCAUAUUCCACGAUUAAUUGCCGCUUGGAUGGAUUGCUGACCAAACGAACCUUUUCUGUUCCGCUGAAAAAAGGGAAACGCUGCGCGGUGCUCGCAGAAGGGUUUUAUGAAUGGAAAAAAUUGGCUGACAAGCAUAAACAACCCUAUCUGAUCUAUCUCCCUGAAAAUAAACAGUAUUACGCGGAGGACAGUGCGAAAAAGAAUCACGAAGAUAAUUUUGUUCCGUUGAAAUUUGCUGCGGUGUUCGAUGAAUGGCAUUCCAAAGAAGGAGAGACAGUGUACAGCUACAGUAUUGUCACGACGGAUGCGGCUCCUUCGUUGAAGUUUCUUCAUGACCGCAUGCCGGGCAUUCUGCGCACGGAUGACGAUCUGCGCCGCUGGUUGGACAGUAAGGAUGUGUCGGCGGAAGAGGCUCUGGAAUUGAUCCAUCCUGUGGACGAUCUGGCCUUUCAUGCGGUUUCGACUGCGGUGGGGAAUGUGGGGUAUAAGGAAACGGACGCAACGAAGCCGAUAAACGUGGCUGAAACUGGUGCCAAAAAGGAUCCAAAGCCUUUACCUAAAGGACAGAAAACGAUGGAGGCGUUUUUCUCCCCCGCAAAACGAUCAGUCGAGAAUGAAGAUACAGGAUCUCGCAAAAAGCAGUAAAAUAAGUUAGGGUUCUCAGUUUGUAGUUAGUACUAUUUUUACUGAUGUUAUAAAGCAAUCUAAUUGAAGAGAAUCUCGUUUUUUAUAGUUACGUGAAGUUUGUCGUAUUAAUUUUUCUCUUUGAUGUACUGGUCAUUUGCGUGUGACCCACGACAGAAAUAAAGUAG